AUGACCAAGACAUUGAAAGGGAACGCAAGGCUCUGUCGAUUAGAGGCAAUAUGUUGGCCCACAGAUUCACAUGGUGUACAACAGGAGUUAAACUUACGUUAUUUAGAGCCUUCUGCCAAAACUUUUAUCUACACCUGUGCUCUGUGGACCAGCUUUUCGCAGAGGUCGUACGAUGCUCUGCGCGUCCAAUAUAAUAACACCUUUAGGGCCCUGUUUCGGCUCCCCCGCUACUGCAGUGCAUCAGGCAUGUUCGCAGAUGCAGCGAUAGAUGACUUCUACGCAAUCAUGCGCAAGAAGUCGCUAUCGCUCAUACGCAGGGUCAGGGGGAGCGGGAACAGAGUCCUGAGGAUGAUAGCAGACAGGAUGGACGCAGCGGUCUUCAGGAGGUUCACUGAGUUACAUGUGACGAGGUGA